ACGCGGAGGGGGGGACCGAUGAGAGGCAAGAUCGAUCGAUCGGAUCGGAGAACCGACGAUCGAAUUCAUCUGUACUAUCCUGCCCGGUGUGGAAAAGAUUGGCGGUUAAUCGCGCCGGGGAAGAUGCGGACCGAAUCGGGAUAAAAGAAUUGCAAUAGACACGCGGAUCUGUUAUAUUUUCCGGGCACCGAUAUGUCUCGGUUAGGCCCUGGCAGUCAUCAAUGAAGAGGCGGACAUGAAUUGGACAGCUGAACGGUCAUCAUUGGGAUUAUUAUUAUUAUAUGGGAUCAUCCUUCUUCUGAGAUGCGGUACCACAAGAUCGAUGACAGACACGAAGGAGCCGAUACUAUUAAAAGUUGUCGCUCCUCCGUCCCACACGGCUUUGUCCGGCGACGUAACCGUUUUUAUCCUGGACUCGGCGGAAACGGAAUCUUCUACGGUACCCACAAGUACUAUGUCCACCAACGGCACAAAUGGCGUAAAGAGAAACGAGAAAGAAACAAUCGAUCCGAAGAGAGACGGAAUUAACGCGGGUCACGAACCGCUCGUGCUUAGAGUACUAUACGUCGAUGGCCUCACGUCGGAAUUGAUCGGUGAUUUCCCUCUGGAUACCUUGCCGCAUAAGGGUGAGAAUAUUUCUGUGAUAAUACCUUGUGGUUUCUUCUCGCGUGGCGGAAUUUAUACACUACGACUUCAGUACAAGUUCUCAACCGUGGCUGCCAGACACAACACUGCCAUUGCUGGACUGCCCGAAAUUGAGAUGAGCAGUGCCUUAGACGUAAAGUGGCCAACCCCUUCUCUGCUUUUGGAAUCCCAACACUUCGGUACAUAUCCUAGCCAGCCGGUAAUAGCUACUAUAAAGUACAAUGGAAUCUCGUGUGUACCUGCCAACGGCGUUCCGGUGGCAGCUUAUAUUUUGCAACUCAUAUAUUGCGGCACCACCGCGGCCGCCUGCGAUCCACAGAACAACGGCCGCAUGCAAGUGCUCUAUUACGAGGAAAUAAACGGCUUCACCUCGCCGAAGGUCGUCAAGUUGAAAUGUGAAUUUUUCGGACUGGCCGGAAAUUAUGCGCUCAGAUUAAAGGCCUCGGAUGUCAAUCCAUCCGCGCCGACGACCAGCGCGUACAUUAAGGUGGAAUGGUCCACCGAGUUUAGCUUCAACGUUCACGCGAGAUCGAUCUAUCCUUGCGAGGGAUCGACGGGCAUAUCGGUCCUCUUUCAGUAUCCCGCGUGUCGUCUUCAGGGUGAUCGCGUGCGCGUCUACGGCCGUCUACGGGCGGACGUGAGUUCCCUGGCGCCGCCGUCCGCCUUGCACUACGUGGCGGAAUUGAAGGCGGCGCCGGGCAAGCAUUCGCUGAACUUCGACUGCGAUAUCUUCACCGAGAAGUUCAUCGAAUACUGCUUCGUUUACGUGAGCCAGGCGAUCACCGGCGCGAUGGCGGAAGUGAAGCUCGCGUGUGUGCCGACCUUCCCGCUUCUGGAAAACGACGCGGCCGGUUGGGGUCCUUGGAGCGCGUGGAGCCCUUGCAGCAGCUCCUGCGUGGGUGGCGUUCGUAAUCGAUAUCGAUUUUGCGACACGCCACCCCCGAAAUACGGAGCGAAAUUCUGUCAGGGAAGAGCGGUCGAGACGGAAUCCUGCGGCGGCACCGGCAGGAUCGAUUUCCAGGAGGCGUGGAACACCGAGGGAUGGGAGUGCCGGCACGGAACGACAUUAGCGGCCGCGAGACCGGAAGUCACGGCUCAGAUCGGCUUACAGUGUCGGUGUGGUUGCAUUAUCAAUUUCGAGGAUAAAUCCCUGAACAAGAUACUGGCGGCAAAUACUCAAGCCUGUCCCGGUCGUUCCUUCUGGCUGCUGCAGGCAAAAUCGGAUCAUAUAAUCCGACUGCAUUUGGAUCAAACGCAGUUUCCCUGCCCGGGGCAAUAUUUCCGCGCUCGCGACGGUGAUUCGCUGAGCGCCGAGCUCUUGACGGAUAUCGCGUUUGACAAAAGCGCACCCACGACAGGAACGAUAGUCUCUUCAGGUCAAAGCUUGUUGCUCGAAUUCUUUAGCGACGAGCACACCGCCUCGGGGGAUUCCUGCGAGGGUGGUUUCUUGGGACACGCGAACACAUUUGAAAAACUAUAUGAAAACAAGACAUCGUCAUUGCUCCCUUCGGAAACGAAUUCUACUCUCACUGUUGAACAAUGGAUCUUCUGGGGCCCCGCGCAUCUGGCGACAGCAUCCCUUUUGAUACUCAUAUUCUUUAUAUCUAUUUUUCUAGCACUGCAAUUUGCACUGAAAUAUAGGAAGUACCAUAUUGCCGAGGAUUUGGAUACUCUGAGCGAGAAUUCCGGAUGUAGCGAUAUGAUGGUGGGCCGAGCGAAAUCGAUGUCGUCUACGACGUUAAUUUCGGAAGUCGCGUCUCUAGUGGGACUACCAAAGAAGUGCACCCCAAGACUGUCGAAACGCAAAUUAGCACCCUGCGCGGUGGAGGAUGGUUACGAUAGCUCGGAAACUUUGGCGGAAUACGAAGACGAAACCAGCCUGAGCUCGACUACCUUGAAGUUGCGAGAUAACGAGGAAAGCUGUGCGGAGAGGAGCGUGAUACCGAAUAAAUUGCACGCCGAUGAACCACCGGCGACGAUAUCUUCUAUUAUGGCAAUUGGUCAGCCGGAAGUAAAAUACGCCCAACCGGUCAAAUUACGAACUCUGGGAUCUAUCAGUUCCGCGGACAAGCUGACGUCGGGCAACACGACGAGAUGUCAAAGCACGGCGAGUAUUACCGAGAGCCCGAACAUUGCAAGACUUCAUUGUUACACAUCUAAUCCUUUGCAGCCUAAGAAUUCGUCGACGAGCAGCCCAUUGUCGGGCACGUCUACGUUACGCAGCGGUAAGGAGACGAAGGACCGUCGAAAUCGCGAGCGACUGCUGCAGGGACCGGGCUCGGAGUUCAGCCUGACAAAUCCGGAGACGGAUAUGGAGCUCGACUAUUACGAUUACAACGUCGCGAACGCCGGCGCCGCGCCGGGCUCGUACUUAGGUAUGGAUCCAGCUUUUCUCCUAUGGAUACCCCCGUUGUCGAUGUCCGAGGAUUCUCAAGAUCCGUCUGCGGAUCUUCCGGAUUGUUUUCAAGGCACGACGACGACGAGCUCGGCGUUGUACCUACUGCCGGAGAGCACCGAGGGCGCGACCCUGACCCCGGCCGAGUAUCGGCGUAUGCGACAACAGAUCGCGUCUGGCGUCGAGGAGACGAGACCGAGUCUCGAGCAGCAACGCCAGGACUCGACGUCGUCCUCGUCGUCGUCGAAGCACGACUCGUCGUCGGGUAGCGUGCUGUCCGAGGACAGUAGCAGCAGCAGCAGCGAGGGCAGAGCCGCCAGGCUGAACGAACGUCUGCUGCCGAUCCAUCGGAUCCUGGAGGACUCCAGGACGCGGGUCAGCGAGGAGUCUCUGUGCGGUCAGCUUGCGACCGACAGGACGCAAUGCAUCAUACCCAAUCGCCUUCACGGCACCAAGUCCGAUCUCGCCCAGGAGCAAAACGCCUCGAGAAUUAGCGGUCGGCAGGAUAGCCACGUGAACGUCGCCGAGAACAUCGUGGUGAAGUCGGAGGAUAAAUCGGUGAAAUCGAGGCAGACAUCCAAGAGGCAUUCCGAAGACGUGAUACCUCAUCAUAGUACCUCAAGGUCUUACGCGAGUCAAAAAACGAAGGAGGUUUCUCAGAACGACAAGAAGAAUCGUUGCUUGAAAAACGAGAGCACGUCCAAGUUCUCCAGUAAGUCGACGAGCUCGAAGACUCAGGGAUCACACGUGGACGGCAAGGACAGGGGUCUUCAGAGUGCCAAGGACGAUCCCAGAUCGGACAUCGUUCUGGCAAAUCUGAAUGUGACGAGCGGCAAGUACCGAGCGGACUUCACGCAAUUCACGCAACCACGCGAGACCAAUAAACUCUCGGAUUGCACCAAUAUUCCGAUGAUCGAGUUCUCGGGGCCGCGACUGAACUCGCCGGCGACAGCGCGGAGGCUAACGACGGACAACCUGAACAUCAGUCUGUCUAAGAGGGAGAUUCAGAGCCCGGAUUACGGGGUCGAGAGCGACAUGAAGACGGAAUCGCGCGACUCCUUCUACGAUCUAAUCCGCGAGAACGAGGACGGCAUCAAGUUCGCGGACGACGACGACGAGUAUAUCGAUAACAGAGCAAAUCUGUGAAAUCUAUGUUGUAACUGCUACACCAGAGCGCAAUAAAGAUUAUUGCUAUUUUAUACGGUUGAGGAUGUUGUGUCGGUGCGGCGAUUUUUUUGAAAUAAUCUGACGGGACACGUUUUGACACGUUAAAUGUUGUGUAUAUUUAGCGAUCA